AUGUCUCCUUUCCGUAAAUCCCCAGCGGAAAACGUGGAAAAAUCAAGCCGAGUCCCGUCUUACAGGUCAGCUGACUAUCCAAACCCCCAAUGGCAAGAAGAAGUGAAGAUAAAAACGCCUCCAUUUGGCACAUCAAGCCUUGCGACAGAAACAGAAACGACUAGUUCUUCAAUGAUAUUACCCCAACCGCCAAUAAACAUUGACGAUGUGUGGCGAGAAGUACGAGCACUCGAACGCCACAGGUUCGCAUCAUCUCGGUACCGCAAAGUCGGGAAGACUAUAGAGCCGGUUAUAGAUUUUUUAACGAGAUUUUCUCCUAUAGUUGAUAUGAUGGUUCAGGGAACUAGUAGUGCUUCUUUAGUGUGGGGUUCAUUGAAAGCUGUAUUGAUGGUUGCUCAGACUUCGGCUACUUAUUUUUAUUAUAUCGACAAUGCGAUGUUGAAGCUUAGCGACAUCCUUUCUAUAUCAAGUCAGUAUGAAAAGAUGUUCGCGACGGAAGUCCGUGUCAGAACUGCGUUGUCGGAUUUAUAUGAUGAAAUUUAUCUAUUUCUGGAGAAAAUACGAAAGUCGGUUUCUGUUAGCUCAUUGAAGGUCUUUCUCAAGAAUUUGAGAAAGUCUUUCGACGCAGAGUUCAAAGAUAAUCUGGAACAUAUUGAAAGGUAUACUCGGGUUUUCAAUGAUGAAAUCACUCUUGCGCAUCGGGAGAGGAUGGAUGUCUCGACUAAGAAAAUCCAACAAAUAGUUGGAACUAUUGCUUUAGACAAUAUAGAUCUUGCGAGCCGAGUAGAUAGUCGAGAUGCAUAUCACACCAAAGAUGCAAUAUUGAAAUGGUUAACCCAGGUUGACUCUAGAGAAGAUUUUUACCGAGCUCUGAAGAGACGCUCACCAGGAACCGGAGUGUGGCUUCGAGACGAUCCAAGAUUCCGGAGCUGGAGACGCUGCACCGAACCUUCGAAUGACCGUUCGAUAUUGUGGAUUCAUGGCCGGCCGGGAUCAGGCAAGACCGUGCUAAGUACCACUGCCAUUGAGCACCUUCAACUUAAGUCAGAAAAGAGUUUGGAAAGAUCGGAGAAUGAAAUAGCCUCUGUGGCUUACUUUUACUGCGAUUCCGGAGAUGCCAGAAAAAGAUCGACGUUAGAGAUCCUCGGAUCAGUUUUGGCACAGUUGAUUGCACCACUGCAUGACUUUCCAAGCGGAGUCAACGAAGCGUAUGAACGAGCGAGAAAGUAUGGAAGACAGCAUUUAUCAACUGCAGACGAUAUUAUCUCCGUCAUCAAACUCGUGGUACAAGACUCUCCAUCUUGUUACAUUAUUAUUGAUGGAGUAGAUGAAUGCAGUGAUCCAGGUGAUCUUUCAAAAACAUUUUCGGAUAUUGCAACAGGCUCGCACAAUGUUCGGUUAGCUCUUUUUUCUCGCAAUCUUCCUGCUAUUGUAUUUGAGCUAGAGAAAGUGUCCUAUGCAAUGAUAGAGUUGGAACCUUCUCUAGUACAGCCAGAUAUUGAUAACUUUUUAACGAAAUCAUUGGACUGUUUACCUGGGAAAGGUACAGGGGCACAAGACCAGGCAUUCUCAAAACUGUCUAAUGCUUCUGGUGGUAUGUUUCUAUAUGCUGCUCUGGGAAUCCAAAGUCUAGCCGAAGCAAUUGAUUCACAGAGUGUUUUGGAUGCUAUUGAAAGAAUACCCGAAGGACUCAACGGGUUUUAUGGUCAGAUACUCGAGAGAUUAGGUUCACAAAGUAUUCGAAGACGGGAUCUUGCUCGUAGAAUUCUUUUGUGGGUUUGUUGUACAACAAGACCACUAUCCUGGAAAGAGCUCCAGUGUGCUCUGUCUUGGGAUGAGAUAAAGGAGGAGUUUAUAGAAGAUCAACGGCCUUUUAAAGAUGCCGUGCUCGAUCUAUGCGCUCCUUUGAUUGAGUAUCGGCCAGAGAAAGAUACAUUUCAUCCAGUUCAUACAUCAGUUCGCGACUUCUUAUGGAGGUCCCAUAGUUUCGACUCCAUGUCAGCGAAAGCAACUCAGUUUCUCAUGACCGAGUCUUACGCACACCAGACUAUUGCCGAAGUGGUACUAGCUAGCCUCUCACUACCAGAUGUUAUACAUAACACCCAGGUUGAUGACUUUCAAUAUCCAUUGGCGAGAUAUUCCACAGAAAACUGGUGUCACCAUUUAUCGUCAGCGUCCUUUGAAGAGAAAGUAUGCCAAAAAUAUGACAAAUUUGCGGAUUCGUCUUUAGCGCGAUCGACAUGGAUCCUACGUUUUCUUCUCUCAAAUAGACAGUCGUUUCCCUUGCAACGUAUAGCAAAGUAUCAAAAACAGGUCAAUGAUUGGAAAAAUCACAAAGAAAGCUCAACUACCACUUUUUCUGCGGAGGAUUUAGCUGAUAUACAACGAGCAUUGAUUGAAUUGGACCAACUGGACCUCGGCCAAGCAGAAUCUAUCUCAAAUUUUGAGCGCGAUCUCAUUGUCCGGGAUCUGGCACGGGCUUUCACAAUGGCAGGGAAAGUAGACCAGGCAAUUGAUAUGUUCGAAAAGGCCCUUGCCCAAGGACUUCCAGGAGACCCAUCGCCAGAAUCUGUCCGCACCACCUGGCUUUUGAAUAGUCUUGGUAUAAUGUAUGACCAAAAGAAUCUUACUGAUCUUGCUUUGCGCACGCAAUUAAAGGCUUUAUCCAUCCAGGAGAAGUAUCUUCCACCUGAUCAUCUCGAUCUUGCAUUAACAUUGAACGAAUUGGGUCGAGAAACACGACAUCUUGAGAGAUACUCAGAGUCCGAACAAUACCAUCUCCGCGCCCUCAAUAUUCUGCGCCAAUCUCUUCCCGAGACCGACUUACAAAUAAUUUGGACCCUCAAUACCCUCGCUCGUUGCUACCGCUUCCAAGGUCGCUACCCUGAAGCACUCGCUCUCCAUCAGCUUGCACUCAAUGGCCAAAUCACACUAAUGGGGGAAGAUCAUCCACAUCCCAUUCGCACGAGAUCAGAUAUCGCGAAAGUAUUGAAAGCGCAAGGUAAAUUCAGAGAAGCGUUGGAAAUCAUGGAAGAUAUGUAUGAGAGAAGAGUCAGAGUACUGGGAAAUGAUAAUCCUGAUACGUUGUGGACGAUGAAUGAUAUUGGGAUGGUGUGGGAGGAGAUGGGUAUGGAUAGUGGGGAUGUGGAGUGCAGAAUAAAAGCAACUGAGUGGCAUGAAAGAGCGUGGAAUAUACAAGUGAGAGUACUGGGGGAGGAGCAUAAGCACACGGUUUGGAGUCAGGCAGUUUUGGAGAGGUUGAAGGGGAUGGAAAGAAUGGGCGAUGCUGUUGCAACUUCCUGA